AUGUCUGACUUAAAAGUAUGUAGAAUAUGUCUCCGGACUGAAGCAAAAAUGUAUAACUUCAAUCUUUACCAAUUAAAGUUCUAUUACGAAGAAGUUAUGGCUUUAAAAGUGAAUGAAGAUGAUGGAUUUCCAAGUUACUUUUGUUAUGAAUGCGCCACAAUGUUGCACAAAUUUCACAAGUUCAAAGAGAAAUGCUAUGUCGGUCAGAAGAUCCUCAAGGAGUUGUUGUGGAAAGGGCCCAUAACUUAUGAAUUAGUUUAUAAAGUGGAUCGCAAAGAUUUAAUGCUCGAAUCGCCACUUUCAAUAAUGACUUCGGGGAAUCACGUCAAAAUAUAUAUCACAAAGGAGAACAGCAAGCAGAAAGAUCAUCUGCAACUACUGCCGAAAAUAGAAAAUAUGGAGUUAGAAUUUUUAAAUGAAGUAUCAUUUAGUGAUGGUGAUAAUUUAAAUGAAUUAACUGAUGAUGAAAAGUUUAUUACUUUUAAUGAUCAUGACAAAAUAAGUAGUAUUAGUGAUAAUGAUAAGAUACAAACACAAGAAGAAAAUACUCAAAAUGACAAUGAUAUAAUAAAUGAAGAUAGGAUUGCUAGUGAUAAUAAUAUAAAGGUAGAUGAUGAAAAGACUAGUGAUGAUGGUGACGAUGAAAUGAAAAAUGCUGUAGAAAAUAAUGAUAUUCCAAAUAGUCCAAUGACUGUUUAUGUUGAAACUGAAAAUGGUGUCUUAAUAACGGAUUGUGAAGAAUUAAAAAAAGUGCACAGAGGUAAAAAGUUAAAUACUUGGAAAGUGCAGUCGUUAAAUGAUAAAAAAAAUUGGAAGAUUGAAAUUUUGAGUGAAGAAGAGGCUUUGAAGGAGUUCAGGGCAAAAGCAGAAGAUAAAAAAUAUUUAGCAGCUGCUUUUAAAUGUAAGGAUUGCUUUAAGGGGUUUUCGAAAAAAGACAUGUUAAAUAGACAUGUUCAGUUAAGACAUAUUGAGGAAUUGGGCAGUCACGAAUGUCGUUUUUGUCGUUACCGGUACAGACUGGAUUGCUACCUAAAGAAACACAUGAAACAGCAUUACACACGAUAUAACUGCCUUCGGUGCGAUCUUCAGUGUCCACUAGAAAAUACAGCUUUACUUCAUGAGGAAUACCACAGCGGUGUAACUAGAAAGUGUACUUACUGCAACGAAGAAUUUCGACACUCGUCGACGUACUACACGCACCUGCGCACGCACCGCAGCGAGCACGUGUGCGCGCUGUGCGGCGCGUCCUUCGUCAGCGCCAUCGGCCUGCGCCAGCACCGCCACAUCAAGCACGUGCUCGCCGACAUCGAAAGUCCUGACGACGACGAAGAAGUGAACACGUAUUGCAAGCGAUGCGACAUCCGCUUCGAGACGCGGAAGGCGUACGAAGAACAUUUGUUCCACUCGGCUUUGCACAGCGACGAGGACGGGAAGGGAACUGCUGUAAAUAAAGUUAAUAAAAGGAGCGAUUCGUUCGAAAAGAUUUCUGUUUCCAAGAAAGUUCUUAGCAAGAGAGAACAAGCCAAGAUAACAAAACGACUCAGCAAAAGAAAUAAUGAUGAUGCAGAUCUAUUCAAUGUAAAACGUUUAGUGAAACGGUACAAGAGGAAGGAAAGAAGACAGAGAACCAAACCUACGACCUGUCAUCAAUGCGGCGAACACUUCGAGACUCAGGCGGCGUGCCUGAAGCACCACAUCGAGGCCCACCCCCGCACCUCCUUCCACCCCCCCACCGAGCGGUACAUCUGUGAGAUAUGCGGCUCCUCACUCGCUCCCGGCAGCAUCGCCAUGCACCAGAACAUGCACAGCCGCGAGAAGCUCCACACGUGCGACACGUGCGGGAAGCAGUUCCACGCCAUCGUAGGGCUCAAGCGACAUAUGGUGACUCACACGGGAGAGAAGCCGUACGCGUGCUCGCUGUGCGACAAGAGAUUCACACAGAGUAACAGCAUGAAACUGCACUACAGAACUUUCCAUUUAAAACAACCAUAUCCAAAAAGAAACCGAAGAAAACAAAAGAAUGAGCCUAAGGAAACAGUGGGAGGGGAAGAGACGAACACAGAAGACUCCUCUGACGAGAGCUUGGCCGAGGCCGAGCCGCAGGACCGCGUGGUCGUCGAACGCACCGUCGACGUGGUGACGGACCGCACCGAUGACACCAUGCACUACUUAACGCUCACUUAA